AUGGCAGAAGAGGCAGCAUUGCAUGAGAAGGGAGGGGAAGGACUGCUCAGCACACCUGUCAGCGACCCAGGAUCGGACGGCCUGUUACCGGUGCCACCGCAAUUCAGUGUCUCCACUGUGAUUGUGACCAACAUUUCGCCAUUGGCCACCGAGCAGGAUCUUCGCGAUUUCUUUGCCAAUUGCGGUAACAUCGUUCAGAUUAACCUGCUUGGGGACGGCCUCGGCAUCUCUCAAUACGCCUUCGUGCGAUUCGAGACCAUGGCGCAGGCCAACGCUGCCUUGACUCUGUCUACCGGUGCAGUUGCAGGCAUGCCAGUCAAGAUCGUCAUGGCUGCGAGCGACAUACCCGUUGGCGGAGCGGCGGCUGCAGCGACGGCGGCACUCCCUACUCCCCUGGCGCUCACGCCUGGAGUCGGGGCAGCUUCGGGGCUCGGGCUCCUGGGUGCCAUUCCGCACUCGCUUGCGCUGCUAUCGGGUUCCCCGGCCAACGCGCAGAGCUAUCACGAAAAGCAGGACGAGAUCGCACGCACGAUCUACGUGGGCAAUGUCAACUCGACGAUAACGUCCGAGCAGCUGAUGCAGUUCUUCGCCAUCUGCGGUCCCAUCACUUUCUGUCGCCUGGCCGGCGAUGAGUCUCACCCGUCGCGCUUUGCCUUCAUCGAGUUUGCCACGAAGGAGGCCGCGCAGGCUGCGAUGAUGCUUAAUGGCACCAUGCUGUUGGACCGAGCCGUCAAGGUCAAUCACUCCAAGAACCCCAUUGUAAAGCCCCCAAAGACGGUCGACAACGCCAAGGACGAGCAGAUAUUGGACGCCGUGAAGCGAGCCGCCAUGCGGUGGUGCCCUACGCUUGUGUCUAGCUGCAGGAACGAGUCCACGUUCUCGAUCGCGCUCGAGGUCGAGAGCCAGAUCGAGCCGGCAUGGUGGAAGAGGCCGAAGCCGCAGCAGGAGCAGGAGCAGGAGCCGCAGCAGAGAUCGAGACAGGAGCCGACGCAGCAGGCGCAGCAGAAGCCGCAGCGGAGACAGGAGUCGACGCAGGAGCGAUAG